CUGAAAGUGGAAUUUAAGAAUACUAGUAUAAUUCAUCUAUCAGGUUUGCCAUGGAAGUUGAGGUUGAGACUUGAUAGUGAGGCAGAGAGAGAGAGACUGCCUUAUCUGAAAAUUUUAAGUAUAGUCCAAGCUUCUCUUGGUGUCACUAAAGAGACCAAAAUAUAAUUUCCUCCACUCAAAGCAUACCCCUAUCUCGUUUGGAAAAGCCAAGAACCCUCUUCUCUAUCAAACUCUUAUAAGGCCUUUUUUUUCCACCAUAAAAGAAGUCUACGUGGUCUUCACUCUCUCUCUUUUCUCUCUUUCCUUCUCCUUCUACAGCCAAUUCCUGUAAGACACACUUUCCCGUUCCUGGUCAGGCCAUUUUCAGGCAGUUCCCAGUUGGGAGAAGAGGAAAAUGGCACAGAUUCUGGCACCCUCAACUCAAUGGCAGAUGAGACUGCCGAAGACCUCAACCUAUGGAAGUCCCAUUGCAACAAAAAUGUGGAAUUCUCUGGUAUUGAAACAGAACAAGCAAGGAGCAGCUAAAAGCUGUGGCAAAUUUAGAGUGUUUGCCUUGCAGUCUGAGAACAGUACUGUCAACAGGCUAGAGAAGCUGCUAAACAUGGACAUCACUCCAUACACUGACAAGAUCAUUGCUGAAUAUAUCUGGAUAGGAGGCAGUGGAAUUGAUCUUCGUAGCAAGUCCAAGACAAUAGCAAAGCCAGUUGAACAUCCCUCCGAACUUCCCAAGUGGAACUAUGAUGGAUCAAGCACUGGGCAAGCACCUGGUGAAGAUAGUGAAGUUAUUUUAUACCCCCAAGCAAUUUUUAAGGACCCUUUCCGGGGAGGCAACAAUAUCUUGGUAAUUUGUGAUGCAUACACACCGGCUGGUGAGCCCAUUCCCACAAACAAGCGCCACAGAGCUGCUGAGAUUUUCAGUAACAAGAAGGUGGUAGAUAAAGUACCAUGGUUUGGGAUUGAGCAGGAGUAUACCUUACUUCAACAAAAUGUGAAAUGGCCUUUGGGUUGGCCUGUUGGUGGCUACCCUGGUCCUCAGGGUCCUUAUUACUGUGGAGCUGGAGCUGACAAGUCAUUCGGGCGUGACAUCUCCGAUGCUCAUUACAAGGCUUGCUUAUAUGCCGGCAUCAACAUUGGUGGCACCAAUGGGGAGGUUAUGCCAGGCCAGUGGGAGUAUCAAGUUGGUCCAAGUGUUGGUAUUGAAGCUGGAGAUCAUAUCUGGUGUUCAAGAUACAUUCUAGAGAGAAUCACUGAACAAGCUGGUGUUGUUCUCUCUCUUGAUCCUAAACCUAUAGAGGGUGACUGGAAUGGUGCUGGAUGCCACACCAAUUACAGUACAAAGAGCAUGAGGGAAGAUGGAGGCUAUGAAGUUAUAAAGAAAGCAAUAUUGAAUCUAUCACUCCGUCACCAGGAGCAUAUUAGUGCCUAUGGUGAAGGAAAUGAGAGAAGAUUGACAGGAAAGCAUGAAACAGCCAGCAUUGACACAUUCUCUUGGGGAGUGGCUAACCGUGGUUGCUCAAUCCGUGUUGGCCGUGACACUGAGAAGAAUGGAAAAGGUUACUUGGAAGAUCGGCGCCCGGCUUCAAACAUGGACCCCUAUGUUGUGACAUCAUUGUUGGCAGAAACUACAAUACUGUAUGAGCCAACACUUGAAGCUGAAGCACUUGCUGCCCAGAAGAUUGCUUUGAAGGUCUAGGGCAAUUUGCCAAGAGAGAUAUAUAUCCAACUCAAGAAGCAAGCAAAUUGGUUAUAGUUAGCUCAUUCACAGGGAUGUUUUUGCACUUUUCUUUUAGGCUUUUAGGGAAGAUCCCUGUAAAUAAAUGUCCUCAAAUGAGUAAUUGCCUUGUGAUCUAGCUUGUCAUCAAAGGGUUCUCAAAUGGAUUAUGUCUUGUAAAUCAGAAUGCUCUUAUUAAACUAUCUUAGGUUAAUGGAUCUUGUGGGGGAGUCCUUUGCAUUCGCCCACUUUCUUCAAAAUUUGCAUCA